AUGCAGGCUGUUCACGAACUGCUCACGCAGUGCCAAACUUCAUUUAACAUGUGUGGAUUGAGCAUUAGGCAGAUCGUGACACUGAUAAAUGAAUGCCUGAAUUGCUCGAUUUUCCGAUGGUCGGGACAGUACUACCGACAACUUAGAGGCCUAGCUAUGGGACAAAGGCUGGCACCUGCUCUUGCCAUUGUUUUCAUGGCCAAGAUCGAAAAGCCUAUAACAGACCUCAAACCACUGCUGUAUUAUCGGUACAUAGAUGAUUGUUCCGUCGUCUGCUCAAAACAAGUAGAACUAGACACAUGCUUCAAUCUUCCCAAUCAACAGUGUCCGCACAUCCAGUUCACAAGGGAGAGACCAAUAGACAACUGGUUGGCUUUCUUGAAUGUGCACAUUUAA